UCUGUGUGGUUUUCUGCAGAGUCCAGACUGUGGACUGGAGACUCUGAGGGUCGACGACAGGGAGAUUAAAGCUUCUGGAGACAAAGCAUGCGACUCUGAUCUCAAACAGGAACCAAACACAGCAGACUCAGAGCUGGAUGUGUCUGACCACAACACAAAGCUGAUGAAGCCUCCAUCAAGCUUCACUCCUGAACUGCAAACUGAAUCUGCAAAAGUCUCAUACAGGUUCAGGUGUCCUGGUCCAGGUGAGUUCCAGUGUACUGUAACUGGACUGGUGUUUGUAAUGGAUCAGGAGGCGGAGCUUCUCUACAAGACUGUCCAGUGGGAUGAGAGCCUCCUCCAAUCAGCUGGCAGGACAGCUGCGGGGCCACUGUUUGAUAUCCAGUGUCCUGAGGAUGCUGUCUGUCAGCUCCACCUCCCACACUGUGAAACUAAGGAUGCUCUGCUGUCUGAAGGCCUGCUGUCAGUCGUCCACAUCACUGGUGAUGGAAUGACCAUCCUCGAGCCGCUGGAGAUCACAGACACUCACGUGAUUUCUGGGACAUUUUAG